CUUCGUGCAAACUGUGGCCUUCAGGUUGUGUUUCACUCUCCCAUCAGCACGCAAGUAAUGAAGCAACUCUUGACAGACUGUUCCAGUGCAGAAAUCAUUAGUUUUGGAGAUUCUUGCCAAGUGGAUUUCAAAUCUGUGAAAGAAGCAGAAGACAAUUGGAAGACUUUGCAGAAGCUGGUAUUAAAGAAUGAAAAGAAUAACAUAUCAUUUGAAGAGUUGAGCAUAUUGUGUGUAGAGCCUGAUUCAGAUGCAGCAAACAAUAUGGAUGCAAGUGAAGAGUUAAAACUACUGGAAAAUAUAAAUGAAGAUGAAACUCAGACAAAUAAAAACAUAAACGAGAAGCUCAUGGAGAUUGAAAAGAAGAGGAGGAAAAUGGAAGAUGAUGAGGAUGAAUAUGUGAAAUGCAAGCGAAAAGGGGAAUCUGUAACCUAA